GUCAUUAGGGGAGCACGAUAUGCGAUUUCCGGGAAUACUGAUGGACUCGAAGGUGCCGUUUUGGAUCCCGCUGAUCGCGUCGAUCGUCGCGAUGACGAGCGCCGCCGCGAUCGCGCGCCGCCCGGCCGACGACGAGAUCGCGAGGACGAUCCGGGCGUACGACGGCGGCCCUGAUAACGGAGAUCGCGAAGUCAAUGCGGAGCUUCGGGUGGCGAGCGGGGUGCACGGGGACAGAUACCGUCGGCAGAGUUACAAAGAUGGUAACGCGUUUGGCAGCAUUGGUUCCGUGCACAACUCUUUGGACAAACAGAGCGAAGACGACUCCGAUGGAUACAAUCACGAUUUUAAACACGAUUACCACCAUAGUCACGGUUAUCGUAGUUACCACCAUCAUUCCGACGGCGACAAAGACGGAGACGAUGGUUAUCACAGUUACCAUCGCGUUCAUUUUGGACACGGCGAUGGAGACAAAGGCGACGGGAAAGGAGACGGGAAUCGUGGACAUGAUGGCGACGAUUACAAGAACUCUGGUUACCAUUACGACAGCGAAUUCGAAAUUCAUUUCGGCGAUAGCGGGAAAGAGAGCGACGGGCAAAAAUACAGCGAAGACGACGGUGACCAUAAUGGAUACGGCAAGGGCUACGAGCAUGCUAGGAAACAGAGUCUUAACGAUGAUCGUAAUAAAGGUGUUGAUGACCGCGGAACCGGCUAUCAUUACGGGCACUCUGGCACCGGCGGUAAUUACGGGAAAGAUUAUCCUAGUUUACCUAUUAUUUACCGUCAGCAUGGUCGAGAUCAUGAUCGCUGGAGCCAUCGUUACGGGGUUGUUCAUGGCGAUCGCUAAAGUAGCUUGUAACGAUCGGCGAGAAUUGUUUCGUUUGCGUUUGCGACAGGGAUGCCACGACAAUGGUUAUAUUUAUGUGCGUACAGUAUUGUUAUCAUUGACUUUGUGUAUUAAUAUUCGAAUAUCAAACGAUCUACACUUUUCAGAUUGUAA